AUGAUUACCUUAUACUCGCGAGGAUAUCCUCCAAGAAGAAGUAAAAUUUUGACUGGUACUUACGUUGGAGUUCGUUCACUCAGCAUCACUGACAGUUGUACGCCAGACCCUACUUUUGUCCUGUCCGCUACCGAUUCAUCAACAUACCCUUCAGAAACCGUUGAUGACUUCCAACUGCCAUGUUUCUUUAGUGUCAUCAAGUCUCCCUCAGAUUCAACUGAAAGUUUAAAGAAAAUUAGCCACUGUUUCGGGAACCUUAUAAAACUGGUUUUUACCCACGACCUGAACGAUACAUUUUCCAUUAGCGUAAAAUAA